CGGUUCGAUAGUUUAGAAUAUUGUACAGUUCUUAUUAAUUUAUUCUUGAAAACCACAACAGGUAAUUUAUUAUGUGUCUUACAUCUUGUGUAAGAGUUCUUCUGUGUUUAAUCGGAAUACUAAACUUUAUACCUUUAGUGGUCACAACUCCAGUGCUGUAUUCUGAAGUAGAGGCAUUGAAAUACCUCAAGCAUUUUGGAUAUACGGAUGAGGAAAGUUCCAAGUCUUCCUCAAUGAUGGAUUAUAAUUCUGUGGUUAAAGACUUUCAGAAAUUCGCAGGAUUGCCUGAAACUGGAAUACUGGACAAUGAUACAGUAAACAUGAUGAUCAUGCCCCGUUGUGGAAUUUCAGACAGAGAUGGUCCGAGCAACUCAGGCAGAAAGAAGAGGUAUAGUUUGGAAGGCAGCAAGUGGAAUGAGAAUACCUUGACUUAUCGCAUCACUAAAUACCCUACUCUUAUUAACAACUCUGAACAGGUUGACAAGGACAUCGCAAGAGCUUUCAAGGUUUGGAGUGAUGUCACACCUCUAAAUUUCAUACAUACAAAAACUGGGGAUGUUCAUAUCACGAUAAUGUUCGAAUCAAGAGAACAUGGCGACGGUGACCCUUUUGAUGGUGUUGGGCAAACUCUGGCUCAUGCUUUUUUUCCACAGCAUGGUGGAGAUGUACACUUUGAUGAUGAUGAAAAAUGGACAAUUGACAGUUACAAUGGAAUAAAUAUCUUUCAAGUUGCUGUACACGAAUUUGGGCAUUCAUUAGGACUACGUCAUUCAAGUGUUACCACAGCACUGAUGUCACCUUUCUAUCGAGGUUACGACCCGGAUUACAAGCUUGACGAAGACGAUAUAUUAGCAAUUCAAGCACUAUAUAGUACCCAUCGGACUAAUCCACCUGACAUUAGCGAAGCUCCACAACCUACGACCAGCAAUGCUCCACAACUUGACACCACAUAUGUUCCAGAACCUGACAGUAGCAAUGCUUCACAACCUGGUACUAGCGAUGCUCUGCAACCUGACACUGGCGACGCUCCAGACCUCUGUCAGGACUCUUCCAUAGAUGCCAUAACAAGGACAGAGGAUGGAAAGACAUAUGUUUUUAAAGGUGACUUUUACUGGUACAUCAACGUCACUGGGGUUGUAGAUGGUUAUCCACGCCGAAUUUCCGAUGACUGGGAUGGGUUGCCUGGAAAUUUGGAUGCUGCAUUGACAUGGUCUGACGGAAACACUUUUUUUUUUAAGGACCACAGAUACUGGUGUUUUUGGAAUAAGAAAAUGGCUUCUGGCUAUCCAAAAGAAAUCAGCUUAGGGUUUCAAGGAAUACCGAACAAUGUUGAUGCAGCAUUCAUCUGGAGUGGUAACGGAAAGACCUACUUUUUCCAAGGUAACUCUUAUUGGAGAUACGAUAGUCAUAAAGAUCCACCAGUUAACAGUCAUUAUCCUCGACCUAUUAAUAACUGGAAAGGAAUUCCUAACAACAUUGAUGCCGUUUUAGAGUGGGAAAAUGGUCAGACUUACUUUUUCAAAGGAAACUGUUAUUACAGGUUUAACGACCAAACUUUUGCUGUAGACAGUGGGAACCCACUCUUCCCACGAUCUACGUCCAAGUGGUGGUUUAAAUGUCAACCCAAGCGGAACCACCAGCAAGAAGGGGAUGAAAAACUUUAAUAUAAGUAUUCAAAAUGGCGACAAGAUUCCAGUUGGUGCUACCACGAACAAGUUGAUACACGACCAACUCUUAGGAAAACGUUAGAUAUGUGUGGUACACAACAAUUCUUUUAUUCUAACUUUACUUUCAAGGCUAGUCAUGUUUACAAUAUUUUUUUUCUUGAAUGUUUUGAAUGCAAAUCAGAAAAUAUAGUUGUUAUUUAUGAACCAUGAAUAGCAAAACUUGUCCAUAAAACUGUUCUUUCUAAUAUUCGAAAUUUGUCUAUAAAGAUUGCUCUACUGUUAAACUAGGUGAAAGUUCAUAUUUUCAUCUCUAAUGUAAAAAAAAAAAAAAAAUGCAAAUUUCUGUCUUAAUACACUUUCUCCUUUUGUUAUUAUGAGGAUAAUUAUUUAUAAUUUUUGUAAUGCAAGUUAAGAAAUGUUGGAUUUAUGGUUUUUUGCAUUAGUUACUAAUUUUGAUGAAAAAACACCUUUAUAUUCAUGAUCACAUGCACUCGUUAAAGAAUGUUUUUCUUUGUACACACACUUAUAAAGAGGCAAAGUUUUCUAAAACGAUAACAAUUAGAACUAUAUUUUGAUUAUACGUUUAUGAUUAUCACGUUUAUGGUAAUAGUUUAUUACAUGAUUUGGUUGGUUAUUGUAGAGCAAAGUCCGUCAUCGAAUCCCGGAUAUUAGUGUUGUAAGUCCUAGACUUACCGCUGUCCUACCGUGGACGUUUAUUGCAGGAAGUAGAACUUUUAAACUUUUGAGAAAAAUGGUAAUAAUAGGAGAGCCAUUUGGUAAACUAAUUUAAAGAGUAUUUAUUUUGGCUGACUAUAUUAUUACCGUUUGUUUAUGUCAGCUGCUUUUGUUAGUUAUAUAACAUAAACAUAUAUUAAAAAUAUAUAAAUAUUGUAUUAACAAAACAUUUUAAAACAUCACGUGCUAUUAAUAAGUUAUAAAAUAAUCAAAAUUAAUAAAAUAAUAAGUUAAGAACACAUUUUCAUAUGUCUAUUUAGUAGAUUAUCGUCUGGUUCUGUAGCUCCAACAAAACAUACUUUAUUUUGGUCAAACGCUCAAAAAGUUUGGUAAGUUAAUUAACUAUACUUCAUCUACGUCGUUAACUUUAUGACAGUUAGCAUCCUGCCAGAAACAUUUUAUACAUUUCUAACAUAUGAAUAAUCUUAAGUUGUUUCUAAAUAAUAAAGUUUUAAUUUUGAUUAAUAAAAUUGUCACAAGCAUCCACAUUUUGCAAAGGAUUGUACGAUCAAUAAACAUUUGAUAAUUUA